GGCAGACACUCACCAUGGGGCGCCUGGAGCUGGCCGUCUUGGGCCUCACCUGCUGCUUGGCAGUGGCAAGUGCCGCGAAGCUGGGUGCCGUGUACACGGAAGGCGGUUUUGUGGAAGGCGUCAACAAGAAGCUCAGCCUCUUGGGUGGGGACUCUGUGGACAUCUUCAAGGGCAUCCCCUAUGCCACCGCCGAGACCCUGGAGAACCCCCAGCGCCACCCUGGCUGGCAAGGAACCCUGAAGGCCAAAGACUUCAGGAAGCGGUGCCUGCAGGCCACCAUCACCCAGGACAACACCUACGGGGACGAAGACUGCCUCUACCUCAACAUCUGGGUCCCCCAGGGCAAGAAGCAAGUCUCCCGCAAUCUGCCUGUGAUGAUCUGGAUUUACGGGGGUGCCUUCCUCAUGGGGUCCGGCCAUGGAGCUAACUUCCUCAGUAACUACUUGUACGACGGGGAGGAAAUCGCCACUCGUGGCAACGUCAUUGUGGUCACCUUCAACUACCGCGUGGGCCCCCUGGGCUUCCUCAGCACUGGGGAUGCCAGCCUGCCAGGUAACUAUGGCCUUCGCGACCAGCACAUGGCUAUUGCCUGGGUGAAGCGGAACAUCGCAGCCUUUGGAGGGGAUCCCGAUAACAUCACCAUCUUUGGGGAAUCUGCCGGAGGCGCCAGCGUCUCUCUGCAGACCCUCUCCCCCUACAACAAGGGCCUCAUCCGGAGAGCCAUCAGCCAGAGUGGUGUGGCGCUGAGCCCCUGGGCCAUCCAACACAACCCGCUCUUCUGGGCAGAAAAGAUUGCGAAGAAGGUGGGAUGCCCCACAGAGGACACCGACAGGCUGGCCAGGUGUCUGAAGGUCACUGACCCUCGCGCCCUGACGAUGGCCUACAAGUUGCCGCUGGCUGGCCUGGAGUACCCCAUAGUGCAUUACCUGGGCUUUGUCCCUGUGGUCGAUGGAGACUUCAUCCCUGAUAACCCCAUCAACCUGUACGCCAAUGCUGCCGACAUCGACUACUUAGCGGGCACCAACAACAUGGAUGGACAUCUCUUUGCCACUGUUGACAUGCCAGCCAUCGACAAGUCCAACAAGGACAUCACGGAGGAGGAUUUCUACAGGAUGGUCAGCGGCCUCACCAUCACCAAGGGGCUCAGAGGUGCUAGUGCCACCUUCGACAUCUACACCGAGCCCUGGGCUCAGGACCCAUCCCAGGAGACCAAGAAGAAGACUGUGGUGGACUUGGAGACGGACGUCCUCUUUCUGGUUCCCACGGAGAUAGCCCUGGCGCAGCACAAAAUGAAUGCCAAGAGUGGCCGGACCUACUCCUACCUGUUCUCCACCCCCUCUCGGAUGCCCAUCUACCCCAAAUGGAUGGGGGCGGACCACGCGGACGACCUGCAGUAUGUGUUUGGCAAGCCCUUCGCCACGCCCCUGGGCUACCGCACCCAAGACAGGACCAUCUCCAAGGCCAUGAUUGCUUACUGGACCAACUUUGCCAAAAGUGGGGACCCCAACAUGGGCCACUCGCCUGUGCCCACACACUGGUACCCCUACACCAUGGAGAACGGUAACUACUUGGAGAUCACCAAGAAGAUGAACAGUCAGUCCAUGAAGGAGCACCUGAGGACCAAGUACGUGCAGUACUGGAAUACGACUUACCAGGAGCUGCCCACCAUGCCCCCCGUGGAUGACUCCCAGACUGCCCCCGAGCCCCCCGUGGAUGACUCCCAGGCCGCCCCGGUGCCCCCGGUGGAUGACUCCCAGACUGCCCCCGAGCCCCCAGCAGACAACCCUGAAGGAGCUCCAAUGCCUGUUGUCAUUGGCUUUUAGUGUCUCAAGAGUCUUGGCCCCAAGAGGCCAUGAGGGUGGGACCCAGCCCCGCCUCUGGAAUAAAACCUCAGUUCUCUCCAUCUC